AUGGCGGUGCGUCCGUCUAAGGCCAGCGCCUGGGAGACUGAUGCAGAGGGGAUAGUCCAUGUGCUGAGUCAGCACAGGGUAUGUGCCGGGAGGCCCCACUCCCUGAACAGCUGGCUUUACCUGUCAUCUCCCGUGUCUCCCUCAGGCCCACAAACAUCCCAGGUCACCGAGUGGCGGGACCUGGAUCCCAGGCGAAUGCAGAUGCCUCAGGGGAACCCGCUGCUGCUGUCCUACACCCUGCAGGAGCUGCUGGCCAGGGACACGGUGCAGGUGGAGCUCAUCCCUGAGAAGAAGGGACUGUUCCUCAAGCAUGUGGAAUACGAGGUUUCCAGCCAGCGCUUCAAGUCCUCCGUGUACAGACGCUACAAUGACUUCGUGGUCUUCCAUGAAGUGCUGCUUCAUAAGUUCCCAUACCGCAUGGUGCCAGCCCUUCCGCCCAAGAGAGUGCUGGGAGCUGACAGGGAGUUCAUCGAGGGCCGCCGGAGGGCCCUGAAGCGCUUCAUCAACCUGGUGGCCCGGCACCCGCCCUUCUCAGAGGACGUGCUGCUUAAGCUCUUCCUCUCCUUCAGUGGCUCCGAUGUUCAGCACAAGCUCAAGGAGGCAGCCCAGUGCACGGGAGAUGAAUUCACGAACUGUAAGCUGGCUCCUAGGGCCAAGGACUUCCUCCCAGCUGACAUCCAGAAUCAGUUUGCCAUGAGCCGGGAGCUGAUCCGGAAUGUCUACAACAGCUUCUACAAGCUCCGAGACAGAGCCGAGCGGAUCGCGUCCCGGGCCAUUGACAACGCUGCUGAUCUUCUCAUUUUCGGGAAGGAGCUCAGUGCUUUAGGCUCCGACACCACCCCUCUGCCCUCCUGGGCUGCCCUGCACCUCAGCACGUGGGGCUCUCUGAAGCAAGCGCUCAAGGGCCUGUCGGUGGAGUUCGCGCUGCUUGCAGACAAGGCUGCGCAGCAGGGUAAAAAGGAAGAGCACGAUGUGGUGGAGAAGCUGAGCCUCUUCUUGGAUCUGCUGCAGUCCUACAAAGACCUGUGUGAGCGGCACGAGAAGGGCGUGCUUCACAAGCACCAGCGGGCACUGCACAAGUACGGCCUGAUGAAGAGGCAGAUGAUGAGCGCCGCGCAUGGCCGAGAGCCCGAGUCCGUGGAGCAGCUGGAGUCACGGAUCGUGGAGCAGGAGACCGUGAUCCAGACGAUGGAGCUCCGAAACUACUUCUCCCUAUACUGCCUGCACCAGGAGACUCAGCUCGUCCAUGUCUACCUGCCUCUCACCUCGCACAUCCUGGGGGCCUUCGUGAACUCCCAGAUCCAAGGGCACAAGGAGAUGAGCAAGGUAUGGAAUGACCUGAAGCCGAAGCUGAGCUGCCUCUUUGUUGGACCUCACAGCGUGUUGACGCCACCGCGCUCCCCGCAGGAGGACGGCGUGUGUUCCCACUAGUGGCACGGCCCGCAACAGAGCUCCCUGUGGCCUCACUAAAACCUCUUUGCAAACAGUGUGUCCCUGGCUGAUUCCCUCCAGGCAGCAGCCGUGGCCCUGAGCUGCCUGUGGGCUGUGCUGGUGG